UUCAUCAUUUUGCUUCUCGCCAAAAUCAAAGAGUUACUCAGCUCCGAUCAUUGUCUCCGAAUAUCUUCUGCUCUAAGAUUCAUGGUGAAUAGUUUACCGUCACUCUCUCCACGCGAAUCUUAGCUCUGUGAGAAGCCCUAACUCGCUGCUUUGGAAACUAUCGAGCUCGUCCCCUUUCGGAGCAUUCGUAUAUAGUUGUGCCGGCGGGUUGGUUCCUGAUCGGGCUAGCAUUUGGAGUUUGAACAGUUUGAGGCUGCAAUGAAUUCGUCAUUAAACGGAUCUCCACAGAAGAGAGGGGAAAGAGAGGGAGUUUCGAAUAAGCCACAGCCUGUAAAGUCACAUCCCGCAAACACUUCAAAUGCAGCAUUCAAUGGGAAAGCUGGAAGCUUGAAAAAGCAUUCGCGCGAUAGUUUAGUGUACCUCACAACAUGUACGAUUGGGCAUCAUGUGGAAGUGCAUCUGAAAAAUGGAUCGGUGUAUAGUGGUAUAUUUCAUGCUGCUGAUGUAGAGAAGAAUUUUGGAAUCAUUCUAAAGAUGGCAUCCUUGAUUAAGGAAGGUAUUUUACGAGGGCAUAAAUCCCGUUCCGAAUUUGUCAGAAAGCCACCUUCCAAGACACUCAUUAUACCUGCGGAUGAACUUGUGCAAGUUGUAGCUAAGGAUCUCUCUGUAUCCAGUGACGGAAUGUUAAAUGCCGUUCAGAGUGAGAAGCCGAUGGAGCUGUUGACGGACUCUUCUAUAUCACAGUCUAGUCAUGUUAAUCACGGAAGAGUGCUACAACGCUGGGUACCUGAUGAGGAUGCUCCACAGGGUCUAGAAAAUGUGUUUGAUAACCCUUGGAAUAGGGGAUGGGAUCAGUUUAAGGCGAAUGAGUCACUGUUUGGAGUAAAGAGCACUUUCGAUGAGGAACUCUAUACCACAAAAAUUGAGAGAGCUACUCGGACUAGAGAGCUCGAAGAGCAAGCCGUGAGAAUUGCAAGAGAGAUUGAGGGUGAGAAUACCCGAGAUCUUCAUGUGGCAGAGGAAAGAGGCCUUCAGCUUAAUGAGAAAUUUGAUAUUGACGAGGAAACUAAAUACUCAGCUGUCCGUCCAGUUGAUGGCUUUGAUGAUAGUGGGUUUGAUGAAGAGGAAGACAAAUUGCUGGAUACUAGCAACGAUCAGACUUUUGGUGGUUCAUCUACUUCUGAUGGCCAGAAGUCAGCUUCUUCUAGUGGCAAGGGCUAUGAAAAAAUACGGGGUGACAGUCAGCCUCCUCGGAAAGAUACAAAUGUAGAUCAAAGCUGCUCGAUAUCUGGUGAGCAGAGAUCCAGAGAAUCUCCUGCCCCAGGCGGCAGUAUCAGUGAGAGCCAGCUGGGUGAGCGAAGAAACAACAGUAAUCCAGAGGUUUCCCCCAGUAACAGAAUAAUUUCAACAUCCCCUGAGGAAUCAGUUUCUGGUCAUGGAGAUAUCAACGAAGGUCCAAAACUUGGUGGUGGUGGUGCAACCUCGGUGACGAAGGCUGUUGCUGAGAGAGAAAAACAAGUCAGUCAAGUUUCUGGUAAAACAAAACCUGACAUCUCUUCUAGAAGUUCAGAAAGCCGCCCAGCUCCUUCAACAUCAAGUCGUCCUAGACUAUCACCAAGCUCCUCCAUUGGUUCUUUGUCGUCAUCAGAAAAGUCCACGCUUAAUCCGAAUGCAAAGGAAUUCAAACUCAAUCCAAACGCAAAGAGUUUCAAACCAUCACAAUCUCCAGCUCCUGUGCGGCCUCAAUCUCCAGUAGCAGAUGCCUCCUUCUACUACCCUGCUGGUCCUGUUCAGCAGAUGCCUGGAAUGCCUGUUAGUUACGGGAUGCAACCGCAAUAUCCUGGCCAGCAGCAGCAGCAGAUGAUGUAUUAUCAUGGCCAGCAACAUCUUCAAACAUAUUAUCCUCCAGGUGCACAGCCCCAGUAUCCGCAGCAGCAGCAGCAGCAGCAGCAGCAGCAGAUGAUGCUUGGUCAGCCUAGGCCGCCAGUUGUCUACAUGCCGCCGCCUCAUUACCAGCCGGAAAAUCCAUAUAAUCAUGGACGAGAGUAAAAAAACCUGAUGGUGAUGAUGUUGCUUUUUUUGUGUGAAGGACCUGAACGAACCAACCCUCUGUUUUGGUUUACGCUCUUAAUUUCUUCCUUACCCCAAGUUACUGAAACCAUGUUCGUCUUCUUUUUAGCUUUCCCGAUCGGAAAUUUUAAUCUGUAAUAAAAAAAAAAGAAAAAAAAAAGGAACGAUCUAUAUGUACUUGUCUGUUUUCUUGUAUCUGAAAAGAACGGAUAUACAUAUUUUAGAGUUUAGGUU